CGCUGCGUGCAGUUCAUUCCAUUGCGCGACGUACUCACGGUCGGUUCGGUUUUGCUGGCUUUCCGCGUUUCUCUCUUUCCUGUUCCGCGCGUUCUGUGCGACCCCGCCCUCCCCCUUAAACGCUGCCCCUUUCGUGUCUCUUCCACAUACAAACACACACACACACAUACACACGCAACGUCCCCAACCCAUCGAAGGUGCGGGGUUUACCGUGCCCGUGCGAGCGCGAUUCCGACGUUUGGUUGUGUUCCAGUGCGAGUCUCCCGCCGUGUUGGGGUCGAGAUUGAGUGAGGUUGGGGUUUUGAGUGCUUCAGUGUGUCGGUGUUGUGUGUCCUAAAGCGUGUGUUAGAUAAUUAAUGCAGCCGAAAAUGCAAGCCGUCCAUUUUCUGCCCCGUUGUGUGCUGCUGCUGUCGGUGUGCGCUGCGUUCACAGCCACCACCACACACGCACAGGUCGUCGACACAGAGCCACGAUCGAUCACAGUGGUCGAGAACCAGGAAAAUGUUGAGCUUCACUGUCGGAUAGGCCGUCCGGCCCAACUUUGCCUCAUACGGAUGCCCGGCCUCAAUGAUCAGAUUGCGCUGAGUCCGACGGAAAAGUCGCCCGUUGCCGGCUAUCACUACCACGGCGAAGGGCUGGACAAGGGCUCGUGCGGUGUGCGCAUCGACCGUGUCACUGCCGACAAUGCGGGACUCAUGAACUGCACACUGUUCGUGGACGGACGAGGGCUGACCGGCUCGAUCGAGAUUGUAGUAGCAUUCCCACCGCAACAGCCCGUGAUUGAGGUGGUGCAGGGCAAUUUGGCCAACGUGGAAGUGAACAGUCAGCUGAUGUUCCGAUGCACGGCGGAACGCGGCAACCCGGCAGCAAACCUGUCCUGGUUUUUGGACCAGGAACAGAUCUACGAGGGCGUACAGUUCCCGGAAGCGCCGGAGGAGUACUAUGACGAGCGCUCCAACAAGCAUAUGUUCACCGCGACCUCCACCCUGAAGCGCGCCGUUCGUGCGGAAGACAAUGGCAAACGCUUGACCUGCCAGGCACAGCAUCUCGCCUAUCCGGAAGGUGUUUCGCGCACGGAUCUCAUCCUGGACGUAAACUUCCAACCACAAGCCCUGCCCGAUCAGGUCGUCUACGGACUGCAGCUGGGACGUACGGCUACGGCAAGCAUGGUCAUCAAGGCGAACCCGUCGCCCCACGUCAUGUGGAACAUUGACGGCACGGACUACCAUCAAGGCACGGAGCAGGGCCGGUACGCGGUACCGAUUCCGGAAGCUCUGGGUAACAAUCGCUACAACGUCUCGCUCACCAUCGCCGGCCUGACGCUGGAAGAUCUGUCCAAAACGUACGUGCUGCGCGCCUCCAACAACUUCGGCGUGGAAGAGUACCGCCUCACCCUGCGCUCGCAGGACGAAGUGUUCAGCGAGUCGAGCAGCUUCGGCACUGGCGAGAUCGUCGGGCUCGUGCUGGCCGUCGUGAUCGUGCUGCUCGCCAUUGCGCUGAUCGUGGGAGCCCGUGCAACCGGCAGAUGGUGCUUCCGUGGCAAAAACAGCUCCACCUCUACCAGUGCAGCGAAAAUCGGUGAAACUAGCGACACCGAAAGUGCCGAAGUGAAGCAACCGAUGACGAAAACCCAGCGCCUGAAGAACAUUUUCGCCAAACGCUUGCAGCGUGGAGGUGGUGCCGGAACGAACGAACUGCCUGAAGAAAUCGUCACCACCCCGGACGUAGCGGCCGUCGACGAGCAGGACACGAAGCCGUCCGAUGGAGCGGGUAAACCGGCAAAGGACGAUCAAACGCUGGUGUACGCCGAGCUGGAGCUAAAACCGGCCGCCGGGGAGAUCUCAUUCGUCAACAAACCGCCGGCCGCCGUCAGCAACGAGUCGACCGAGUAUGCCGAAAUUAUGUACAUCCAGCAGCAGGCCAACGCAACGGCCGGAAGCGAAGCAACGCAGCAGCAGCAGCAGCCUCAGCAGCAACCGCAGCAGCGUCACCAUUCGAGCGAAGACAACCGUCCCGUGAUCGACGUUAGCAUCCAGAAACCGAGCGCCAAAGGCGACGGUGGCAAGGCACCACCGGCGGGGGCAAAUAAUCUGCUCGAAACCUCGCCGAAUAACGGGGGGGAAAAGCAGCCUACAGGAGGCAUAGCAAGCAACCUACCAGAUCUGGAAUUGAUGAUGGACCUAUACGUAACGGUCCUAAAACUGUUUGAACAUUGUACGCAGUAUCAAUCUCAGUCGCGCAACCUACCCGGGUCAGGAACCAACACCGUACCUACAUUGAUUCGGUAA